CUAGAGAAAGGAAAACGAAACUAUUCUGCCCUUUCGUGCUAUUUCUCGUGUUAAGAAACUGUAAAUACAGACUUUAUAUGCGUUUUUAAUAGGCCUAUCCAUCAUUUCACAUUGUAACGUCUGGUAUAAAGUAUAUUGAAUGGUAGGGGUGCUAGAUGUCUCUUUGAAAUUGAGAAGCGCUCGUGCGGUAUGUUAAAAAAAUACAACAAAAACGUUUUUUUGGGGGGGGUGGUAAAAUACAUAUAAUUUUGAGAAAUAUAGCCAAGUGGUUGAAUUAGUUUUGUGUUUUGAUAGAACGUAACUGUUUAUAUCUAGACUGUAUGAAGUGUAGUCAACUUCUGACCCCGGCAGCGCGCCCGCAGACUUCAAGAUCUCUGCCUUUCAAAAGUGACUGAAACCUACUCUCCUUUCUGCUGCCUUCAGGCCAGGUGGUGAGGUAGUAACCCUGUGUUUUAUCCCGCGAACUUUCAGGUGCUGACUGCCACUUUGCGAUCAUCGCCCACCCGGCUGUUCUGCCAGACUGUGUUGUUGCAUCAGUAUCCAACACAGAGACACAUCCUCCUAUCUGCUGCGUAAUAGGCGGCCCUGGUCCCCCCUCAACCUGCCCCCUGCGCUAUGAGCAGAGGACGAGGAGGGCCCCCCAUAGAGCAUUACCACCGACCCCCUCUCCCCCAACUGCAGGCGAAGCAACAAUACUACAGAGCUGGACCCCUGGGAUUUCACCCCAGAGCCCCCCCGCAACAGGCCCCACACCCAAACGUCCAUUCAUACCUGGGCCCAGUUCCCCCUCUAGUACCACCCAGUGCCCACUCUCAGCCUCUCUACCCCUCUGUCCCUCCCCCACCCGGUCACAGCCCAGGCCUGAGUCAGCAGAGCUCUUGUCCCAGUGGUCCUAACUCCUUCAGGCAGCAGCAGGUCCACUUCCUGAGGGGACAGAACACUGAGGCUCCCCAGUUUAGGGUGAGCCCCAGAGGAGGGGUGCAGAGCUUGGGUCGAGGGGGACCGAACGGACUCUAUAACGAAUCGAACCAGACCCAGGCAGGGUACAGCAGGUACUCCCAAAACAGCUCUAGGGGGAGAGGGGGAUACGGCAGCGAGCGAGGCAGAGGGAACGGUAGGGACUUCAGGUACCCGCCCAGUCAGGGACCCCCUAGAGGACCAACCGGCCCUAGAUUCUGGAACCAGAAGCAGACUUCAACCCAAAAGCAAGGCUUCAACAGACAGUGGAGCCUUCAUGCAGACUGUGCUGACAGGCCGUCUUUCUCAGAAGGCUUUCAGAGUUUAUCCUUAGACAGAGAGAGGUCCUACAGAGGAAGAGUUGACCGAGGCGACAGCUUUGACAAAGCUUCUGUUUGUAGUAGUAAUAAUUCAAACAACAAGAGUGUCCCUACAUUUCAGCCACCCGACAUCCGAGAGCAAGUUUUGCAAGCCUUGGCAGAUUUGAGUCCCGGUGAGAAGCUACAAGCAAAGUGUUUGGCGAAAACGCUGCGGUUGCCCAAAAAGUUUAUCAACCAGGCCCUUUACGGUCUUGAGCGUGAUAAGAAAGCUUCAAAACACGGUGAAAGUCCUCCAGAGUGGACUGUCUACGUAGAACCACAGGUAGAACCGGAAAGUAGAGAUUCUGAUCCGGAAAGCCCACGUUCCCAACCGAGGGAACAUUCUGUGGAGUCACAGGAAAGUCCUUCAGAAGAAGAUUGCUCUCACUUCCUGUCUGUGAAGGAGGAGGACGUUGUCAUCGAGGCUGAGAUCCAGCAAAUUGAAGCGCAUGGUCCUGAGGGCGACAAAGAAGAAGAUUACUACGUAGAAUCUGAUUCACACUCCUCUUCCUCAGAACCAUCUGAGUCCUAUCGGCAACAUUCCCAGUCCCAAACCCAACAACCCAGUAUCAACAGCAGCAGUAACGAAGAGCUUGACCUAGACCUUGACGAGAGCGACAUGGCGGACUGCGGCAGUAAUCAGAAGGAGUUGAUCCUGCAGUAUCUGCUGGAGGCAGGGGAGGCCACGGCCCUGGUGAUCUCCAAGAACCUGGGCCUGAGGGGCGCCAAGCAGGUCAACCCCACCCUGUACGCCAUGGAGAAGCAGGGUGACGUGAGCCGCAACGCAGAGGUGACCCCUCACAUCUGGGAGCUAUCUGUCCAUCGCAGGGAGAGGAUGGAGAGGAGCCUCAAGGCCGAGCGCAGCGCCCCUGCAAAGGUCGAAGGAAUGGGGUCCGGAUUCCAGGCGGUGCCACCCGGAUUGGAGUGUCUAGAGGCCAGCGCUGAGGCGGAGGACGAGUCGAACGGAGGGCAGUGGGCGACCGACGAUAUCCCCGAAUUCCUCAACGCCAUCAGCCGGGAUGGAGGGGGCACAGUAGCAGUCUCCCUGGCAGCGCCCCCACCUCAGAACCUCCGUGCCAAACUUCAGGAGGUGAGGGCCAAGAACCCCGUCAGCGGCCUGAUGGAGUUUGCCCAGUACCAGGGACACAAUUGCGAGUUCCUGCUCCUCGACCAAUCAGGGCCCUCACAUGACCCCAGAUUCCGUAUGCAGGUCAUGCUGGACGGCAGGUUGUUUCCUGUUGCUGAGGCAUCUAAUAAAAAGGUGGCUAAGAAAGAUGCUGCCGCAGCAACCCUGAGGAUUCUGCUGCGUGAGAUAGAGGGGGGAGGGGCCGAGGAGGGGCUCACUGCAGGGGUGGACCAGGCCAUGGACCCCACCUCUGACGUCCCUGAGGUGGUGGAGGGUCCACCCCAGGCCCUGUCCCGUUCCCUGCCGGGGGGUAAGAACCCCGUGUCCAUGCUGAUGGAGUACAGUCAGCGCACUGGAAACCCCAUCGAGUUCAUCAACACUGGACAGGAGGGCCCACCUCACGACCCACGGUUCAUGUUCAGGGUGAAGAUCGGGGAAAGCCUGUGUGCUGAGAGCUCAGCCCCCAGUAAGAAGGCUGCCAGGCAGCUGGCUGCAGAGGAGGCAGUCAAGGAGUUAAUGGCCGACGGGAGACUGCAGCUCAACAAGCCCCAGUUUCCCCUGUGUCUGUCUGGUGAUGAAGGGGGCUUCAUGCCCGCUUGCCCCUCCCUGCCCCCGCUGACAGAGGAGGAGCUGCGUUCUGCCCACGAGGCGGGGGUUGGUGACCUCAUCAGCCACCUAAACAACAACGCUGUGUCAGGUCUGCUGGAGUACGCCCGGGCCAGGGGCUUCGCUGCAGAGAUACGACUGGUUGGGCAGUCAGGACCACCGCACGAGCCCAAGUUUACCUACCAGGCUAAACUAGGGGGUCGCUGGUUCCCUCCUGUCUGUGCUUCCAAUAAGAAGCAAGGGAAACAGGAAGCAGCUGAUGCAGCUCUGAGGGUUCUGAUUGGAGAGGCAGAGAAGGCUGCCCGCACCGGGGAACUAACCCCUGCAGAGCUGCCACUGAGUGGUGGGACAAUCCAUGACCAGAUCGCCAUGUUGAGUCACCAGCGCUUCAACGCCCUCACCACACGCAUACAGCACAGUCUUCUGGGAAGGAAGAUCCUCGCUACCAUCGUCAUGAAGAGGGGGGAAGGGCUGGGGACCGUGGUCAGUCUGGGAACAGGAAAUCGCUGUGUUAAAGGGGAGGAGCUGAGUCUUAAAGGGGACACCGUUAAUGACUGCCACGCAGAAAUCAUCUCCAGGAGAGGGUUUAUCAGGUUUCUAUAUGCUGAGUUGCUGAAGCACUGUGAAGGAUCAGAGGACAGCAUAUUCGAGCCAGCUGAGGAGAACAAGCUCCGGAUCAAACCUGACACCACCUUCCACCUCUAUAUCAGUACUGCUCCGUGCGGAGACGGGGCGUUGUUUGAUAAGUCGUGCAGCGAGGACGCGGGGGACGGCCAGGGCCACCAGCCCCUGUUUGAGAACGCCAAGCAGGGCAAGCUGCGCACCAAGGUGGAGAAUGGUGAGGGCACCAUCCCGGUAGAGUCAUCGACCAUCGUGCCCACCUGGGACGGCAUCCAGCACGGCGAGCGUCUGAGGACCAUGAGCUGUAGCGACAAGAUCCUUCGCUGGAACGUCCUGGGACUGCAGGGAGCCCUGCUCUCCCACUUCCUCCAUCCUAUCUACCUGGCUUCAAUCACCCUGGGCUACCUGUACAGCCAUGGCCACCUGACACGUGCUGUCUGCUGCCGAUUGGCCAGAGACGGCGAAGUCUUCUCCAAGAGUCUACCUGCUCCCUACACACUCAACCACCCCGAGGUACACGUACAGAAACACACUCAACCACCCCGAGGUACACGUACAGAAACACACUCAACCACCCCGAGGUACACGUACAGAAACACACUCAACCACCCCGAGGUGGGCAGGGUGAGUGUGUAUGACUCCACGCGUCACACAGGGAAGACCAAGGAGUCCAGUGUGAACUGGAGCCAGCCAGACCACAUCACUGUGGAGGUGCUGGAUGGGACCAAGGGCAAACUGGACGGGUACGCACCCCGCACCACAACUAGAACCAGACCCUCAGACCUCAUCCACCCUCAUCCAGAUAGCAGCACCAGCCCCAAACUGGACGUGUCGCGGGUCUCCAAGUCCAACAUCUUCCGUCAAUUCCGGUUGUUAUGCCAACAGUGCGGGCGCCAGGACCUGCUGGCUCUCCCGUCUUACGCCCAAGCCAAGAUGGCCGCCAUGUCCUUCCAGGUCGCCAAGCAGCAGUUCUUCGAUGCGCUCGGUAGCCAUGGUUACGGAGCCUGGAUUGGCAAGCCAUUGGAGGAGAAGAGCUUUGACGAAGCGGCGGCCUCUGAUGGCCAAGGGGCAGGAAGUGUUGCUAAUAGCAACCAGGGAUACAACAACAACAAUAGCUAUGGAAGCACAACCACUGACUAUAACAGCAGCCAGUGGGGUAGUAGUGCGUACACACAGGCCAUGUAGAAAGGAGGGAGAAGGGAGGGUUAGCUAGAGAUGGAAGGACAUGAGCCUGGAGGACGGGGGAAGGGAGGAGAGGAAAGAGGAGCUAACAGCAAGUACUGGAUCUUCUUGAAAGGGGUAGAGGUCAGACAGAUUGGAAAGGACAGAGUUACUGAGAUGGAGGGAGGGAAGGGGACAACAGGCCAGCACAAGGGGUGAGGGUCAGACAGCAGCAAGAGAGAUGGAGAGAGAGAGAAUGGGUUGCUACUGCUACACAAAAGCAACAGAAUAUAGAAAGAGAGGGGAGAAUAGGGGGUUAGUAAGCAUGAUGACUGUGAUGUAGUGACAUUCAGAGCUGCAUAGCAUGCACUACUGCUCCACUGUAACAGUAGCCCCAGGACACUAUCCUCACAUGUGCAUACAGGACAAACCCUCCCUGCCCUCACGCACACAGCCCUGUCUCUCUAGUUCAGACACCCUACACCUGACCCUGUCCUACUCGCCAGCCAGCCAUUCAAUCACGCAUGACUAGUUUAAUCUGUACUUAUCAGCCUGAGCAUGGAUAGUAGUGAUCACACUUUAUAUAUAUAAACCAGCCCUGUAACUUUUAGCUACUCCCCGACCUAGUAACCCACCCCUUUACACUGUGUUAAUGCUAUGGCUACAGGUCACACACAGCCUGGUCCAUCCCAUAACUCUCCACUGUAACAUAGAUUUGAUGACUAACUAGCCUAGAUCAUAAUUAUUCUGUUAUUGUUGUGUCCUAUGUGGUGUGUAUCGCUAUUGUUCUUGAGGUUUUUGGUGUUGCCACUCGAGGGCCACGUCAGAAAGGACAACGGUGACGUUGAGAACUGCUGAGAACAAGUAAAUCAGCUACUUGUUUUCAUUUUAGGAUUCAUGUUAGGGGGGGGUCAAAGUUCAGGUUAGGAUAAGUGAUUACUCGUAGUUGUGAUAAAAAAAAAAGAGAAGAAAGGCUUUGCACUCUUGUCCUUCCUAGCGUGGCCAGAAUGUGGCCGGCAGGUUUUAUGCGGACAGGGAGAAAGACUGGUUUGUUUUUAUGUUUUAGUUCAGUCUGAUCAAAUACAUUCAAGGGUGAAGCAAUAUAUACAUCAUGUACAUACAAAUACAUAAAUACACAGAUGUAUAUGCAAUAACAAUGUUUGUGUAGGGUAUGUAUAUAUCUCUGUGUGUGUAUGUAUAUGUAUAUAUUAUGUAUAUAUUUUGUAAGUCAUGCCUAAAAUUGAUUUUCUAUUGACUAUUUUUUUGAAACGUUUUAUCAAGUGGAUGACAAAGCAUUUUGUUUUAUUAUGUAUGAAAAAUCUGUCAAGUUUUAAGUGAUUAUAAAGACCGGCUUUGUAAAAGCUGAAA